UUCUUCUCCCAAUAAGCACAGCCCGAACCGAGCAGAUGUUCUCCAGCCGGAUGAACCCGUCCAGCCUUCUGUACGGAACGUUGGAAGAGAUGCACGAGCUGGCAUUCAUCGAGAGGCCGAUCCGCAGGAGUCUUAAGACGGCCGAGGAGAUAGAUCAGCUGACUGUGGAUGAGGAUCUCAACGACAUUGAGAGAGCCGUUUACCUGCUCAGUGUGGGUCAGGAGGUCCAACGGGCCAGUGUUAUCAGUAACCUACCAAGUCUGGUCCGCCAGAAUCCCGCGGAGACAUUUCGUCGGGUAGUGCCAAAAGUCCGCGACAUCCUGAAUGGAUCUGGAGCGGAAAUCCAACUUGCUGCUGCAGCAUCAUUUUUAACCAUCUUGCAGGAUGACAUCAUCCUGAUCCACACCCACACGUACUCCAUUUUGAAAACUGUCCUUCUGCACCUGAACCACAGAGACACAGUGGUCAGCAACGCUUGGCUGGAGACUCUGCUGUCAGCCAUCAACACUUUACCCAAGGAAACAAUAAAACAGGAGGUGCUGAACCCCCUCCUGUACCAGUCUCAGCUGUCUCACUCUCUUCAGGCUCGUUUGGCCAGUUGUCGAAUUUUAGGAAAAGUUUCUUGCAAACUUGAUUCUCACAUAGUGAAGAAGGAGCUGCUGCCAUUGGCUCGUUCUCUUUGUCAGGAUGUGGAGUUUGAAGUCCGUGCAUCUAUGUGUCGCCAGCUUGAGACCAUCGUCAGGGCUACUGGGGUGGAAGAUGUAAGGGCGGAGAUAUUUUCUGACCUGAUAGAGCUUGCUGCUGAUGAGGAGAGCAGUGUCCGCCUGGCUGCCUUUGACACCAUCAUCAACCUGAUGGAGCUGAUGGAUAGUGAUGACAGGCUCCAUGUGGUGGUUCCUCUAGUCAUGUCAGUGUGUGAUGAGUCAGCGCAAAUGGAUGAAACUGUUGUGGCAUCUCUGUCAUUUCAGUUUGGGAAGCUGUGCAGUGGACUAGCAGACUCGUUAUCAGAUGAGCAGAAGCGAAAUUUGCUCCAGAGGUUUAAGAUGCUGUGCAAUGCCGGUUUGCAGGCUGAAGGAAAUGAACCCGAUGACAACAAUGAGGCGACACUAAUCCGCUGCAACUGUUGCUACAAUUUGCCAGCCAUGGUGGUGUUUGUUGAGCCAACACACUUCCUGUCUGAGCUUUACCCAUCUGUCUCCGGUCUCUGCUGUGACCCAGAUGUCAGCGUUCGACGAAGUGCUGCAGCGAGUUUUUACCAGGUGGUGAAGCUGCUCAGUCCAAAUGUUCAGGUGGUCCACAAAGAACUGCUGGCUCUGCUGCAGGAUGAUGCUCUGGAGGUUUUGGAUGCUUUGAUGAAUCACCUGGAGGAAACUUUGGAGUUGAUUAUAUCCAGAGGGGAGAACCUGACGCAGGACAACAAGUUCCCCGAGCUGCUGUCAGCAUUGUUGUUGGCAGAACAGAAAGUUGGAUGUUCUUUGCGUUGGAGGCUCCAUGAAAAGCUUCUGCAGCGGUACAAUUGCCUGGCCCGACUGCUGCCCGGUGAACUGCUGCACCAGAACUUCUCCCCCCGCAUAUUCACCAUCCUCACCACCAAUAAAGUGUUGCCAGUUCAGAAGGAGGCGGCUCGGACUUUCUGCAUAUUUCUCCGCUACAACCGCAAACCGGAACAACGUCAGGAAAUGAUGGGGCGACUGCUUGAAGGUCUGGCUCAAGGUCGGAGCUACUGGAAUCGGCUCAGGUUUCUUGAUGUUUGUGAAAUGGCCACUGAGAUUUUCUCUAGAAAAUAUUUUAACAAGCAUUUCUUGAUCCCAGCACUGGAGCUGGUCCAUGAUCCUGUUGCCAAUGUCAGGUACAAGCUCUGUCAGCUGUUGCCCAGGUUUCGUUUAUCACUCCAUCUGCCAGCUGAUAAACAGCUGCUGCAGCAGCUGGAUUUCUGCGUCCAGAAACUUUUAUGUAAAGAGAAAGACAAGGAUGUGGUGGCAACCAUCCGCAAGACAGUCUUGGAACUGGACAAACUGGACCUCACAGAGCCUUUUCAGAAGCGGCAGGAAAGAGAUCUACUCGACCAGAAGAAAGAAAAGGAGGAGACUCUCCUUCUGGAGAUGGAGCAGCUGGAGCGCCAGCAGAGUGAAGGGAAGCUGAACUCUGAUAAACACACUGAGAAGAAACGAAAAGACAGUAAAACUACUUUGUCUGCAACCAAAUCCAUGUCUGUUUCCUCCUCUGGAGCCACAUUAUCGUCCUCUGGUAAAGAGAUCCGGAAGGCUAAGCUGUCGCGUAGUCGGUCUCUCAGCAGUCAGCCGACCACAUCCAAGCCAUCCAACUCAGACCGGCCUCUGAAGGUGAAGGAGCUGAGCAGUUCUUCAGCACUGGGAAAGUCACCUGUGCUACAGAACAAAGAAGACUGUCUAAGAACUACACACUUUACCAUGUCAACCCAGUCCACCUCGUCCAUGCCAGUCCUGAUCCGUUGCAACACCACAAGUCUGCUUGAUAGGUCAAGUAACUUGGAUCACAGAAGCAGCACUACAGAUCACAGGACCAGCAUCUUAGACCAGAGAGACCACAGAACAAGUAAUGUGGACCACAGAAGCAAUAUGAUGGAGCAAAGAACCACUACCUUGGACCAUAGGGACCACAAAACUAGUACCUUGGACCAUAGAGACCACAGAACCAGUACCUUGGACCAGCGAAGUAAAACAAUGGAGCGAGUCUGCGGGGUUAAAGACAGCCAGUCGAGAAAACUGUCAAUAAACAGGAAAUCGAACUCUUACAGUGUCCAAUCAGAAAGAGACUGAAGAUGAUGAUGUCAUACCUCCGCCAUCAGUCAAUCAGGGAGCAGUUUCAGGACAUUACCCAGAAUGCAUCAGAACAUCAUCGCUGCCUUACAGCAACCAGACUCCUGUUUGUUUCUACUGAGCACUGUGUGGUGAUUCAUCCCUUCACCUAAAUCAAUAAACUCCACGCAAAUAAA